AAGUCUGAUGAGUCGGCUCACGUCUGUGGAUGAGACUGAAAUCUGAAAUCUAAAUCUGUGUUCCUGUGGUGUGUUCAUUGGUGUUUUUCACCAAUUUUGUCUGAAUAAAAAAUUUAUUACAAAUUUUGGUGAAUAUGAUUGAUGAAAAUGAUGACUUUGAACCACUAGAACCAUCGCUAAAAAAUGUGAUCGACCAAAAAUCACUGAAAUGGAUCUUCGUCGGAGGGAAAGGUGGAGUGGGCAAAACUACGUGCAGUUGCAGUCUAGCUAUCCAGCUUUCCAAAGUUAGAGAAUCUGUACUUAUUAUUUCUACUGAUCCAGCGCACAACAUUUCAGAUGCAUUCGACCAGAAAUUUUCUAAAGUACCCACAAAAGUUAAAGGGUUUGAGAAUCUGUUUGCAAUGGAAAUUGACCCUAAUGUUGGUCUAACAGAGUUGCCUGAAGAGUACUUCGAGGGAGAGACUGAGGCUAUGAGGCUUGGUAAAGGGGUUAUGCAGGAGAUAGUUGGUGCAUUCCCUGGUAUCGAUGAAGCAAUGAGCUAUGCAGAGGUUAUGAAACUAGUAAAAGGAAUGAACUUCAGUGCAGUGGUGUUUGACACAGCUCCUACUGGACAUACCUUGCGAUUGCUGUCUUUCCCGCAGGUUGUUGAAAAGGGACUUGGGAAAUUGAUGCGCUUAAAAUCGAAGGUGGCACCAUUUAUUAACCAAGUCGCAACAUUGUUUGGACUUGCCGAAUUCAACUCGGAUAUCUUCAGCAACAAAAUGGACGAAAUGCUUUCAGUCAUAACGCAAGUGAACACUCAAUUCAAAGACCCAAAUCAGACAACAUUUGUCUGUGUCUGCAUAGCAGAGUUCCUGUCCUUGUACGAAACUGAGAGAUUGGUGCAGGAACUUACUAGAUGCGGUAUAGAUACACACAAUAUAAUUGUCAACCAGUUGCUUUUACAUGCGUCUGCCCCUUGCGAACUUUGCGCAGCCAGGCAUAAAGUCCAGGAGAAGUAUCUGGACCAAAUUGCUGACUUGUACGAGGAUUUCCAUGUGACUAAACUACCUUUACUGGACAAAGAGGUGCGUGGUGCUGCAGCUGUGAACUCAUUCUCGGAGUAUCUACUGAAACCCUAUGUAGCACCUACUCCCAAAACAUAAUAUAUAAAUAUUCAUUUCUAUUCAGUAAAAAAUAGGUUGAGGGUUAAAACCGCAAUGCCAUUUGAAAAUGAGGCAGAUAAAUAUGACCUAAGAAUUCGCCACUUAUUGUAAUUACUAUUUUUUGUUUUCAAUAAAUUAAGUUGGGGGUGAAUACGGAUACAAAAUAAUUAUGAGGUAAAUUAUAUAUUUUAACAGUCACCGAAUAAAUGAGGUCAGACUUCUGUUUAUUUUUUUGAUAGAUUAAAUUCCAUAAAUCUCA